AUGGCGCUGCCCGGCUUCUCCCGCCGCCGCAACACUGGAGAAGAGAAGUUCCACAGAUCACAGAUCUGCAGUUACUCAAAUAAUGUUCCUAUGCUGUUUGAUGAUAAGCCUGGAAUAGGAGGUGAAGUGCUGUCUGGUCAGACCCUGAAACCUACCAACAGUGUAUUUCCUGAAGCAAUAGGAAGUAGUCCUCCUUCUUGGAUAGCUUUUGACAAGCAGGUGUUGAAUUUUGAUGCCUAUUUUGAAGAAGAAGUGCCUGAAAAAAAUCAAGAGCUGUAUAGAAUCAGACACUGUAAAAUAUAUUUCUACCCUGAAGAUGAUACAAUUCAAGUGACUGAGCCCAUAGUGAAAAAUAGUGGCUUAAAUCAAGGAACUAUUGUUCGACGGCACCAGAUUCCACUUCCACCUCCUCAUGAAGAUCGGUUCUAUACUAUGUAUGAUUUCAAUAUCAACACAGAAAUAACCCUUUAUGGCCGAAAAUAUAAGAUUAUAGACUGUGACGAGUAUACAAAAAAUUUCCUGAGGAAGAUAGGAAUCAGAGUAAAUCCUCCUGCAAGCUGCCCAGAUGACCCAUACACCAAAGAGCGGCAACAGAGACAUCUGGCAAGCACAAAUCCCUUUCACCCUUAUGAGCGCUUUGACACUUUGAAACAAUUUCUGGAGUUUGAUGGACAAGUUUUAGGGUUUUCUUGUGUGUGGAAUGACCCAGAAUCACAGCUUACUGGUCCACGGGAACUUGUUCUUCGAUAUUAUUUGUCUGAUGAUACUAUUGAUAUAAGAGAAGUUUUACCAGAAAACUCAGGACGAGAUGUAGUUCCGUAUUUCCUCAAAAGAGAUAAGCUUCCAAAGAAUGCUCCUGCUCCUCCAUAUCAUCCAGGCACCAUCACCAAUUACACUCUGCUUAAUGUGUUGGGAAAGCCAGAAAGAAACAAAGGCUAUUACAUUCGGGACAUUUUGCAGACAGGAGCAGUGCAUCGAGAAUUUUACAAAGACAGUGACUUGAAAAUAGGGGCAGUAAUUAAUGUUUGGGGAAGGCAAAUAUUACUCUGUGAUUGUGAUGAAUUCACUAAAGAACAUUACAGGAAAAAGUAUGGUAUUGUGGAUUUUACCCCAAUUCAGUAUAAGACUCCACCACCUCCAAAACCAGAAAAAAUUGUUCCUCCUUAUAAUGGAUUUGGUUCUGAAGAAGAUUCUUUGAGCUCCUGUAGGGGUGUGGUUGUCAAGGCUCCCCAUAAGGAUUACAGGCAAUUCCUGGUGAAAGACAGAUAUGGCAUGGACAGUAACAUACUGCGCUAUGCGGCAAAACUCGCCACGGACAGUACUAUCGACAAGGAUCGUAAAUUCAUUAUUUCCUUCUUCCUGUGUGAUGACACCAUUUCCAUUUUUGAAUAUGCAGAGAGAAACUCAGGGAUAGCUGGUGGGAAGUUCCUGGAAAGAGGUCGCAUUAGGAAGCCUGGGCAGGAACUCUUUAAGAGUGAGCCAUCUGAAUACUACAAGGCUCAGGAUCUGUUUGUUGGAGCCAGAGUUUGUUUCCAUAGUCACAACUUUCUUUUGGUGGAUGCUGAUGAAUACACGUUCAACUACAUGGAGAAGAAUGCAAAUGAGUUCCCCAUGGCUGAUUUUUGUGUUGUCCUCAACAAACUGAAGAGUAUGACUGAAUCUCGUGCCAAAGAAAUCAGAAAGACAUUUGCUACUACUGACCCUGAGCAUACCAAUGUGAUUGGGUAUGACACCUUCAGAAACUGGGUAGUCAGUGUCGCUGGUGGAGGAUUUUCAGAACACGAAAUUAUGACUCUUGGGCGUAGCUAUGGCAAGAGAGAUGAGAGUCCAACAGACCUGUACCUUCUUCUUUCUGUGGCUCAAGAAAAACUAAAGAAAAAUACCUUUGAAAAUUUUGAACAACUGAUUGCAGUAUUUUUGUACAACGACCAAGAAAAGUGUGGAUUGUUGCCCUAUGAGACCUGCAGGACUAUUUUCAAAUCCUUUAAGUUGCCACUUCCUGAUGAUCUUCUAGAAAUUUUACUGACCAGGUUUGAAGAUAACCAAAAGCAAGUAGACUAUAGAAAGUUUGUUCAUGCACUGAACUGGAGAGUGAAUCAAGUCUGUGUUUUCAAGGAGAUAAAGGAGCCACCCAAGAGGGAAGAUAUCUGGAACCAGCUACCACGAUCCCCUCCUGUGACUGAGAUCAGAUACCCUCCUCUUCUGGAUGAUCUGUUUGGCAAGGAAGAAUAA